UUUAUAUUAGCGUUGCGAACUUGCGGCCAGCCAGUUGAGCCUAUUUAAGGUGCGGGUCUGCGUUGGAGGCUAGGCGUCACAACGCGCCUACUACCAACCCCGAAGCUAUUAUUAUUAAUAUUGAUUUGCGGUUCACAGUUUUUAAGGAAAGCUCUCGAACAGCGAUCGGUCUCAGUGCGUCAGGGUCUAGAAGGGCCCUGGCCAUAUAAAUUCAUCCCACGCUUUUCUCGUCAAAUUGCAAAGCUCCAACUCUUUUGCACCAGCCGUUCACAAUUGCCUAUUUAGGCAUAGCAAUCACAUGACUUUGGAUUACCUCAUCCAUCCUUUAACUAGUUAAUUGCCGAACUAGCCGAAAUAGGUAAGUUAAUUCGGCACUUCAACCUCAUAGCUCGACGCGACGGAAAGAACGCGAUGUGCUCAAACAACUGAACUGUUGACUUGGGAUAAUUUGACAAUUGAUAUUGACCCUUUGCUGUCAACACUCCCACCCUCCUAUCGCAAAGCCUACACAUUGCCAACCGGCUGUCAGUCCGCCAACUGAAGUAUUGGCGAAAUGGAGAACCAAUCGUCUUGGACUUGCGAUGCCAACAAUGCCAUCAAGAUCUCCAUGAUCCAACCAGCUGAAGGCAAACUUAAUGCGCUCUCCACAUUCCGGCCCGAGUUUACAUACCCAAUUUUUGGCGAGGAGGAAACAAUAUUUGGCUACAAGGGAUUGAGCAUUCGACUGCGCUAUUCCGCGCAUGAUCUCCGGUCAAACAUACAUAUUUCAUACGAUGAGAGAUUCAAGACGGUUGCAGAUGUAGCCCCGGUGGAUUUAUUGAAGACUUUUGGUCCCUGGCUGCCAAAAUCUUCAUUCACAUCUUUAGAGGAGUUUGAAAAAUCACUUUUAAAUGAUGAAUCUGCGAAGGACUUCAAGCCCCCAGGAAAGCUUGUUCACAGCUACACAAGCAAGCAGAGGUAUUAUGAAAUCUGGGCUGGUUCCUUAAUCGACCCGGAAAUCCGGACAAUACUCGAUCGCAUACAAAUAUUCGUCUCUUUCUUCGUUGAGGGAGGCACCCCCAUUACAACGGAUGAUUUAGAAUGGACUCUACAGAGAUGGACGGUCUAUUUUGUCUACGAGAAGAUAGAUCCUCCUACCCCUAACGCGCCAUCAUACUCAUUCGUAGGCUUCGCAACCACGUAUCGAUGGUACUUCUAUCUCCCUGAACCCAGCAACACCAAAAGCCAUAAAGUCAUCGACAUCCCCUUCCCUUACGCCGAAGAAAUUUCCAUCGCCCAACUACCUGCCCGCCUCCGCAUCGCCCAAUUUCUCAUCUUGCACCCCCAUCAGCAAUCCGGACACGGCUCACAACUCUACCACACAAUCCACUCCGCCUGCCUCGCCGAUCCCACCUUACACGAACUCACCGUCGAAGACCCCAACGAAGCCUUCGACUAUCUCCGCGACAGAAACGACUACAAAACCCUCGUCCCAGAAUUCCUCAAACACAAAAUAAGCAUAAACGCCGACCCGUAUCCGCCAGACAACGAAAUUGGCAACAACAACAGUAAAGACACCGAGACGAAGAAAGCCCGCCGCGCACGCCGUCCCCGCUUUAUGCCCACCUCCUCUCUCAUCCCCACCUCCACCCUCCACGACCUUCGCAUCCAAUAUAAACUGGCUCCCGUCCAAUUUGCGCACAUCGUCGAAAUGUACCUCCUUAGUCAAAUCCCCGCCUCCCACCGCGGUAGCGGCAUGGGCAUGGGCUUGGGUGCUGGCGGCACAGGGACAGGUAGCACACUCACGGCACGCCUGCUCGUGCAGAAAUGGCGCGCGCCCAACGAGCAUGAUCGGCGGUAUUACUGGUGGCGCAUGCUUGUUAAGCAGCGGUUGUACAAGCGGCAUCGGGAUUUGUUGAUUCAGUUGGACAGGGAUGAGCGCUUGGGGAAGUUGGAGGAGACGGUGGGGAAUGUGGAGGAGGGGUAUGAUGGGUUGCUUAAGGCUUUUGAGAAGCGGGUGGCGCGUGAGGGGGAGGGGGAAAAUGGGUGCCUUGGAGGUGGAGAAGGUGGGCCGGUGAGGGAGAGGGGGAAGAGGAAGUUUAUUGUGUUCGAGGAUGAGGAUGACGGGGACGGGGACGGGGAUGGUGGUGGAGAAGCGGGAGCAGCAGAGGGGGGAGUAGAGAAUGUGAGGGAUGCGUCCUCGACGAAGAAAUCGAAGAUUUGAGGGGCUAGUCCUGUGUUACGUGCUCUAUUUUUUUCUCUUCUUUUCUCGACUUUGUAUUAUUUUCUUUUCAUGGGGUUUACCCUUUUUCCCAUGCCUGUUUGUUUCUUUCAUUUCGCUAAUGUAUUGAUGAGUUAUAGUUCGUGGAAUGUUUGGAGGGUAGUCGGAGUUGUUCUUGCUUCUUCUUUUUCCUUUUUGUUUUAUUUCAUUUUUAUCUGCAUCCAUCAUACCGCGGGCGCAUGUUAUAUUUGUACAUGUAACUAGUUGUCUAUCAACUGCAGAAAUUGAGCUCAACGGCAGUUAAGUUCUAAUAAUAGGACGACUUUCUUGCUUUCUGUUAAAGCUACUGGGGAACAGCAAUUGUUGGGGGAGGAGACAGUUAUGCCAAGGAGUAGAGUGAAAUGGUAGCGUUUGUGAAGGUGGAGUAGCCCGAUACAUACGCAAUAUACAGAAUCAAAUAGACAACGUGAGGUGCAGAAGAUGCAACUAACGCAUAUCAUUUGUCAUCUACACCGUACUUGGAAUAUGUGAUGGCAUUUGCAGUGAGAUAC